AUGCAGACUCUUCCACGAUUCCGUUUGAACUGGACCAUCCUUGCCCAAAGCCGGAGAUGCAGUCGAAUAGUACAUUCCGCGCUGCGGCACCCAUCCACCCCGAAAAGUGCAUUCGUCCGGUUUGCAAGCUUGACGUCGGCUUCGGGAAAGCUUGACCUCCCUGCGAUCGAUAGGAAAUGGCAGGCUAAAUGGCGAUUGGAUGAAGUUCGGCCGCCCUCUGUCUCAAAGAAUGGAUCCGAAUCGAAUCCCAAGUCCUACGUCCUCUCAAUGUUCCCUUAUCCCUCGGGCACGCUGCAUAUGGGCCACUUGCGCGUCUACACCAUCUCGGAUGUUCUGGCUAGGUUUUACAAAAUGCGUGGUCAUGAUGUUCUCCAUCCGAUGGGUUGGGAUGCUUUUGGGCUGCCCGCGGAGAACGCGGCCAUAGAGCGAGGGAUUGAUCCUGCAGAGUGGACGAAGGAUAAUAUCGCAAGGAUGAAGGAGCAGAUGAGGAGUAUAUCGGUGUCUUUUGAUUGGGAUAGGGAGCUUGCGACCUGUUCACCCGAAUUUUACAAACAUACGCAGCGCAUUUUCUUGAUGUUAUACGAGAAAGGACUCGCCUAUCGGGAAGAGGCAUUGGUCAAUUACGACCCCGUAGAUAAGACUGUGUUGGCGAACGAACAGGUCGACGCAAAUGGCCGUUCGUGGCGCUCCGGUGCAAAGGUCCAGCAGCUGAAGUUGAGGCAAUGGUUCUUCCGGAUAACCGCCUUCAAAGAGAUGCUGCUAAAGGAUCUUGACUCGCUCGCGGGCGGAUGGCCUGACCAUGUUCUGUCGAUGCAGCGAAACUGGCUAGGGAAGUCUUAUGGUGCGAAAAUCAAGUUUCCUAUAGCUGUGGAAGGUGAAGGCGACAAUCUGGAUGUCAGUGUCUUCACUACACGGCCCGAUACAUUAUAUGGUGUGGAGUAUCUCGCCCUCUCUCUUGACCACCCGAUUGUGUUGAAAACUGCGGAAAAGGAUCCAGAGUUGCGGAAGUUUCUGGACAAUGCUGCGUCACUCCCACCUGACUCCAAGGCAGGCUAUAGACUGUCAGGGGUGAGUGCAUCUCAUCCACUGCAUUUCAUCGACAAGGAGAGCCCCCAUCUGUCCAGAAAGAUCUCUGUUUAUGCUGCGCCUUACGUUCUCAGCGGCUAUGGGGAGGGAGCGGUUAUGGGUGUUCCUGGUCACGACUCCAGGGAUCUAGCAUUCUUCAAGGAGAAUGUGAAUCCCGAAUUCAUAAAUUUGGUCAUCGGGCCAGAGCAAACGGCUGGGGACAACAGUGAUGCUACCAUCGAUUUCGUUCCCACCAAGAACGUAACAGCAUUCACCCAAGAAGGCAUCCUUAAUGCCCGAUGCUGGAAGUACAAAGGGCUCCACUCUCGUGAGGCGGCCAAGCUGAUCGUGGCUGAUCUCAAGCAAAUCGGCUAUGGUGAUUUUGCUGAACGGUGGAGGCUACGAGACUGGCUCAUCAGCAGACAACGCUAUUGGGGCGCACCAAUUCCGAUCAUCCACUGCACCAGCUGCGGCCCUGUGCCUGUGCCUGUCGAUCAGCUUCCGGUCAAGCUGCCGAAAAUCGAGGGUGAUUGGCUGAAGGGCAAGAAAGGCAAUCCCCUUGAGUCGGCCGAGGAAUGGGUGAACACUGAAUGCCCUAGCUGUGGAGGCCCGGCGAGACGAGAUACAGAUACCAUGGAUACUUUUGUUGACUCCUCCUGGUACUACCUGAGGUUCUUGGAUUCUAAGAACGAAACACUCCCGUUCUCCUCUUCCACUGCACGACCUGUUGAUAUCUACAUCGGCGGAGUGGAACAUGCGAUAUUGCACCUUCUCUAUGCUCGGUUUAUCUACAAAUUUCUUGCGCAAUCGGAUUUGUUCCCAGAGAUCUCUCGGACCGGUAAUCUCCCGGGACAGUUGGAGCCGUUUAAGACGCUACUCUCACAAGGAAUGGUGCAUGGAAAGACCUUUACAGAGCCGUCGACUGGACGAUUUCUUCUUCCUUCCGAGGUCGAUCUUACCUGUCCGGACAAACCACUUAUUAAGGGUACACAGGUCACACCCAAUGUGUCAUUUGAGAAGAUGUCCAAGAGCAAGCACAACGGUGUGGAUCCAACUUCCUGUGCGCUGAAAUAUGGUGCCGAUGCCACUCGUGCACAUGUUCUUUUCUCUGCUCCCGUCAGCGAUGUACUGGAAUGGGACGAAUCCAAGGUCGUCGGCAUUGAACGGUGGUUUGGUAGACUAUGGAAGCUCGUGCUGGAUACCAAGCAGAGCUUGGUAUCGGCGUCCUUCUCUUUAUCCCGGGCCGAGUUGCAGUCUACCUCCGGUCAGGCCGCCGGCGUCUCUCUCCAAGGUCUCGGUGACAGCGACGCAAACGCUCUUUUGAACACACAUAACACCAUUUCGUCCAUCACCAACUGCAUCGAAAACAACCCGUACAGCCUGAAUACAGUUAUUUCCGACUUGACAAAGCUCACGAAUUCUCUGUCAUCAUCUUCCCCUACAUCACCGCGGGUCGGUUAUCUAUGCAUAUCGAGCCUUGUCCGUCUCCUAGCGCCAGUCGCCCCCGGCCUCAGCUCGGAAUGCUGGGAGAUCCUGAAUAUGCCACUGCUACGUGGUGAUGCGUUGGAUACGUUACCUGCUGUCUUUGACUGUCCAUGGCCGACCCCUCUUCUGACGGCAGAACAAGCGGAUGUCCUCUCUACCCGCGGAGGCCAGACCGUUGCAGUUCAGAUCAACGGCAAACUGCGAUUCACAGUCACGAUCCCACGGAUGCUUCCCCCAACGACGACUGGCAAUUCGAGCGGAAAAUCCGAGGGGGCCACCGAGGAACAAGACUGGAUCAUCAGCCGUAUCUUGGAGACGGAUGCGGGUCAGCUCUGGUUGCGAGUGAGGAAUGACUGGGAGAAGCGGAGGCGGGUGAUUGUGGUCAAGGGAGGGAAACUGAUGAAUGUGGUCUUCUAAUUGCCAGUGUAUAUAUCUGCCCAUGUAUUACUGCCCUAUAGCAUUGUGCACAGUUACCUUUAACCCAAGGAUUCUGGUCAAUUGCGAUUAUUUCGAGGAUAAUAAUAGUCUGCCAGAUGCAUCCGCUUGAACCGAAGGAGCCACAUCUUCCGGAACUGAGCAUUCCGGCUGCAGCAGGCAACGCGCGUUCUCAAAUUGCGGACAAUCUAAGGUGGAUUGUUCCCCUCACGGCGUUGAGGCAGUUGGAGAAGGGUUAAUUAAUUUGUACCUGGAAUUGAUCAAGACAGCGGCAGCUUCGGCAGAAGAGCGGAGGAAGAUCGGGAAUCCCCUCAUUAUGUCAGCAUUCCCCUCGUGAGGGGAUGCCACUGUGCCCACAGCUUUCAGCAGAAGAAAUGCGCAGUAAAAGUGGUGAGACGCACAGAGAGGGUAAUAAUAGUUAAUAAUAGCUGGAUUGAUGCUCCCAUGCGGAGAAAAGAGAGGAGCAUGAGAGAGCAGCAAUUAGCACUGAGAGUAGCAAGUCCAUACACCCUAAAUUGCACUCGACUGUCCAGCGCAUCAAGGUCCCUCUUGUCCCUCUUGCUGAGGGGAAGCUCAAUUCCUCCCCG